GCUAGCUACUCUUUGUUCUCACUCACUGCAAUGCAUAAAACCUGAAGCCCAAUCCAAGCGUGUGUGUGUGUAUCUCUCAUUCAUCAUAUUCAAAUUAAUCAACGAGUUCCAGCGAGCAAUAGCAUCGAAGAAGAAGAAGAAGAAGAAAAAUGGAGGUGGAGUUGGAACCUCGAGUGAAGGCUCUUCCAUUCAAGGUCAAAGCUAUGUCGAGGGAAUCGCCGACACAGAAAGCCAUCCACGUUCUCGACACCGACCUCCGUAACCACUGGUCCACCGCCACCAACACAAAGGAAUGGAUUCUCCUCGAACUCGACGAGCCUUGCCUAUUGUCACAUAUACGGAUUUAUAACAAGUCUGUACUUGAGUGGGAAAUUGCAGUUGGGUUACGUUACAAGCCAGAGACUUUUCAAAAAGUUCGCCCACGUUGUGAAGCACCUAGACGUGACAUGAUCUACUCUACAAACUACACUCCAUGUCGAUAUGUGAGGAUAUCUUGUUUGCGUGGAAAUCCAAUCGCUAUUUUCUUCGUUCAGAUAAUAGGAGUUUCUGUGACUGGUCUUGAACCUGAAUUUCAACCUGUUGUUAAUUACUUGCUACCACAUAUUCUAUCUCACAAACAGGAUCCUCAUGAUAUGCAUCUCCAGUUGCUGCAAGACAUGACAAAUCGAUUGCUUGUAUUUCUUCCACAACUAGAGACAGACCUUGCAAGCUUUCCGGAUGCUCCUGAGUCUAACCUACGAUUUCUUGCCAUGCUUGCUGGUCCUCUUUAUCCUAUUCUUCAUGUGGUGAAUGAAAGGACAACUUCAAAACCUCCAGGCAAUAUCACAGACCAUGAUAUCUCCAAAAGUAGUCAACCGUCACCAGCCCUAACUGUCUCGUCUAACUUUGAGCCAAGGAGAUCACGAAGUGCAUCACCUUUCAUUUUGUCUGCAUACCGAGCCAUAGUUUUUCGGCCAGAUGCAAUUUUUAUGUUGCUGAGGAAGGCAUAUCAAGAUUCUGAUCUGGGUUGUGUUUGUAGGACGGCAUCUAGAAUUAUGCAGAAGCUCAUGAAUCCGGAUAUUGAGCAAGAUGUAUCAAAUUCAAACCCUCAAAAUGAAGUAACAUCUCUUUCGGAAGACAAAUCAAAAUUGGAACUGUCUAGUCCUUUAACUUUUGUUGAUUAUUCAAACCUGUUUGGUGAGGAGUUCCGUUUGCCAGAUGAACACUGGGAUUGCAGCUAUCUUAAUAUAUUAGAUAUGGGGGCAGUGGAAGAAGGGAUCUUACAUGUUCUUUAUUCUUGUGCAUCGCAGCCUGUUCUUUGCAGCAAGAUGGCUGAGAGAACUUCAGACUUUUGGGCUGCACUGCCUCUUGUACAAGCUCUUCUGCCAGCUCUACGCCCAUGGGUGAACAAUCCUUUUGACGUUGUUGAUGAUACAUUUUCUCAGUGGAAGCAACCUACUGUACAACAGGCUUUAUCUCAGAUUGUUGCUAUGGCAACAUCAACCACAUAUCGUUCACUUCUUCAUGCCUGCGCUGGAUAUCUGUCUUCAUACUCGCCAUCUCAUGCUAGGGCUGCAUGUGUGCUGAUUGAUCUGUGCUAUGGUGUGCUAGCACCAUGGAUGACUCAGGUGAUUGCAAAGGUUGAUCUUGCUCUGGAGCUUUUGGAGGAUCUUCUAGGCAUAAUCCAGGAUGCUCACAAUUCACUUGUUUGUGCUCGUGCUGCCUUGAAGUAUAUUGUGCUAGCUCUAUCUGGUCAUAUGGAUGACAUACUGGGAAAAUAUAAGGAAGUUAAACACAGAAUUCUCUUUCUUGUUGAGAUGCUGGAGCCUUUUCUUGAUCCUGCCAUUGCAAUCUCGAAAAGCAAAAUAGCUUUUGGGGAUCUAUCUUCUUCAUUUCCAGAAAAGCAGGAACGCAACUGCAUGAUUGCUCUAAAUAUCGUUCGUACUGCAGUACGAAAGCCAGCUGUACUGCCUUCUUUAGAAUCAGAAUGGAGGCAUGGAUCUGUUGCUCCUAGUGUGCUUCUCUCAAUAUUGGAACCACACAUGUUAUUGCCACCUGAUAUUGACAUUUGCAAGUCUGUUUUGAGACCAACUGAACCUGAAACUGCAUCUGUUUCACCACUUUCCUCUGGCAUUAAUGGCGGGGGUGCUUUUUCCAAGUCAAAUAGUCAAGAUGAAUCUGACGGAAAAACAGACAUUUCAGAAACAGCAGGAAAAUCUGAUUCUGUUGAAGAUCGUAAUCUACUUUUUGCCCCACCGGAACUGCAGAGUAUUACAUUGACAAACUUUUCUAUUGAUUCUAAUCAAAAUAGCUCUGUUUCUAACGUUGGAGAUAUGAGCUUGGAAUCCAAACAUGUGGUUGAGAAACAUUCCACCAAUCAUUUUCCUACUAAUGUUGUCUUAGAUGCUGGUCUUGGUUUUGAAUACUUCAACCUGCAGGCAGAUUAUUUUCAACUUUUAAACUACCAUGAUUGUGAGCUUCGUGCUUCUGAGUUUAGACGCUUGGCUUUAGAUUUGCAUUCUCAGAAUGACACUACUGUUGAAAGCCAUGAUGCUGCAAUUGAUGCUUUGCUGUUGGCAGCAGAAUGUUAUGUAAAUCCUUAUUUUAUGUUGUCUAUUGGAGCCUCUACAAAACUUACAGACCUUUUGAAUAUUAAUGACUGUAAAAUCGUGCAGUCUCAUGAUGUUGUGGAGGUAAAAUUGGCUUCUGAAAGGAAUAAGCCUAAUUUAGAAACAAUAGCACAUAUAGAAAGAAAGAGAGAUAAACUUGUUUUUCACAUACUGCUUGAGGCUGCAGAAUUGGAUAGGAAAUAUCAUUCAAGAAUAUCUGCUGGGGAAGAUAGUCCUUAUUCUGUUGAAGGAUUUGAUGAACAGGUUAUCAAGCUGUCUCCUCUUGAUGUACAAUACACAGAUGCUCUGACCUUGGUUCGACAAAACCAAGCUCUGCUAUGUAACUUUUUGAUCCAACGUUUGCGGAGAGACCAAAUCUCAAUGCAUGAAAUUCUCCUGCAGAGUCUUGUGUAUUUUUUGCACUCUGGCACCAAACUAUAUUGUCCUCCAGAACAUGUGAUUGAUAUCAUUUUAAAAUAUGCUGAAGACUUGAACAGGAUGCUGGCAUCUUUUGAUCAUCAGCCGAAGGAAGGUAGUGUGCAUUUGGCACAAGAAAGAACACAUGGGGUAGAGCGACGAUGGUUACUGCUACAAAGAUUGGUAAUUGCUUCUAGCAGUGGAGGUGAAGAAGAAAAAUUUGGAACUAAUAUCCAAAAUAAUUACCUUUGUGGAAAUUUAAUUCCCUCUUCAGCAUGGAUGCACAGGAUUUCUCAUUUUUCUGGUUCUUUAUACCCUUUGGUUCGAUUUCUUGGUUGGAUGGCAGUAUCUCGUAAUGCAAAACAAUAUAUCAAGGACCGAGUUUUCCUUGCAUCAGAUCUGUCUCAGUUGACACAUUUACUUUCCAUUUUUGCUGAUGAUCUUGCUGUUGUUGAUAAUGUUGUCAAUAAAAAGUAUGAAGAGGUUAAAUUUGAAGAUUCACGGGUUGAAUUUGGUUCUUCAGCUAAAAGAGAGCUUGAACGAUGUAACCAAUAUCAUGAGGAACGGUCUUUUUGUGCAAUCUACCCUGAACUUUGGAAGUUCUUUCCUAAUAUGAAGAGGCAAUUUGAAACUUUUGGAGAAGCCAUUUUAGAGGCUGUUGGUCUGCAGCUGAGAUCUGUUUCUUCUACUCUCGUGCCUGAUGUUUUGUGUUGGUUUUCGGAGUUGUGUUCAUGGCCAUUUUCUUUUGCUUCUUCAGUUGGUAGUGAUAAUUUGAAAGGGUAUAAUGCAAAGAAUGCCAGAGCAAUAAUCCUUUUUAUACUUGAAGCUAUUAUAGUUGAGCACAUGGAAGCUAUGGUUCCUGAGACACCUAAAUUGGUGCAAGUGCUUGUGUCACUCUCAAGCUCUGCAUACUGUGACGUGUCAUUUCUUGAUUCUGCAUUGCGUUUGUUGAAGCCUAUCAUUUCUUAUUCUUUGUCCAAGACUUCUCAUGAUGAAAGGUUAUUGGUUGGUGAUUCCUGUCUUAACUUCGAGGAAUUAUGCUUUAAUGUUCUUUUCAAUAAAAUUAAUCAGAAGAAUGAGAUCGUACAUAGUUCUGAAGAUAAAGGAUACAAUGUAGCACUGGCUAUUUUUAUUUUGGCUUCAAUUUUUCCUGACUUAUCUAUUCGAUAUAGAAGGGACUUUUUGCAGUCUUUAUUGAAAUUGGCAAAUUUUGCUGCUUUUGAGCCAACAACAACUUUCUAUGAUUAUCUCAGUGCAUUUCAAUGUGUCAUGGAUAAUUGCAAACUGCUAUUAGUGAAUGCUUUAACGGCAUUUGGUGUUAUUCCUGUUCAGCUUCCCCCCUUUCCUCGUGUAAAUGGUGGUGGGCUUUCUGAUGAUAACUUAAAACCAUAUUCAUGGUUUCUUCAUGAUGUCUGUCACACAUCAUGUGAGAAUGGUGUUCAUGCAGUAGAAAGUAACAAUUCUGCUGUUGAUGUGGAUCAGUGUCGUUUACCUUCUGAUGAUUUAGAAGGCUUUUCUAAAGACAUAGAGGAUCUCAUUUCUGAACUUAAUCGAGCUAUUGAGUGCUGUUGGAAUCUUCAUCAGCAGAUAACCAGAAAACUGACAAUAGCAUCAGCAGAGUGCUUUGUCUUUUCAAAAUGUUUGACAUCGGUUUCUCAAAAGUUUCAUAAAGCUGAAGAUGAUGAUCAAAAUUCUUCGCCUGUUGAAUCUUCUUACCUGUUCACACCUCAUUGGAGAAAUGGUCUUCAAGGCCUUUCUGAAUUGGUCUUUAUGCUCCAAGAAAGUAGUUGCUGGGAAGUUUCUUGUUUGAUGCUUGAUUGUCUACUUGGAGUACCCUAUAGCUUUUGCCUGGAUAAUGUGAUAGGCAUGAUAUGUUCUGCAAUAAAGAAUGUUUCUUGCAGUGCACCUAAAAUCACUUGGCGUUUGAAGAGUGAUAAAUGGUUGUCUUCUUUAAUUGCCAGAGGCAUCCAUAACAGUCAAGAAAGUGAGGUUCCUCUGAUAGAUCUAUUUUGUACAUUGCUGGGCCAUGCUGAACCUGAGCAACGUAUUAUAGCAGUUAAACAUUUGGGAAAACUUCUUGGUCAGUGUUCGAAUGGAGAAGGAGCAGUGAUAAAUUCUAAAAUUUGCAGUGACUUCUUUCCAAAUGAGUUAGUUUUAUCUGUUCCGGAUUAUUUUGUAUCUCGUCUGGUUUCUAGUACUUGGGAUGAGGUUGUUGUGCUGGCAUCAUCCGAUAUGUCAUUACAAAUAAGGAUACAUGCAAUGGCACUUCUUUCAAAUUACAUUCCAUUUGCUGAGCGCCAUCACUUACAAUCUUUUCUUGUGGCAGCUGAUAGCAUUUGUUGUUUGCAUAAUGUACCACCAUCGCAUGAUGGUCCUAUCCUACAACUUUCAUUAGCACUUAUUGCUUAUGCCUGCUUGUACUCACCAGCUGAAGAUAUUUCUUUGAUUCCCCAAAAUAUAUGGGAAAAUAUCGAAACUCUAGGGUCAACAAAACAUGAUGGCAAGCUUGGAGACAUUGAAAAGAGGACUUGUCAAGUCCUGAGUAGAUUGAGAGAUGAAGGAGAUGAGGCCAAAGUGGCCUUGAAAGAAGUACUUUCUUCAAAUCCACCAAAGCAGUAUGACCCGGAUUUUGCUAAUACGCGUGAAUCUAUUAUCCAGGUUCUUGGCAACUUAACAGCAGUUCACUCAUACUUUGAUGUAUUCUCAAAGAAAAUUGACCAAGAUGAUAUGGAGCUACAGGAGGCUGAGUUGGAACUUGACAUUAUACAGAAGGAACAUGCAUUACCAGGACGAAUUGAGGAUUCCAAAGAUUGUAAUCAGAUUCAAAGUCUACCCUCCUCCAGAAAGGAUGUUUCCCGGCUUCAGCAAAUCAGAGAGUGCAUUAUUUCCCUAGAGAAGUCCAAACUUAAAGAAGAUAUUGUAGCCCGUAGGCAAAAGAAACUGCUUAUGAGACAUGCCCGUCAAAAAUAUUUGGAAGAAGCAGCUUUACGGGAAGCAGAACUUCUGCAAGAACUUGAUAGGGAGAGAGCAGCUGAAACGGAGAAAGAGCUGGAGAGACAGAGAUCACUGGAAAUAGAGCGUGCUAAAACGAGGGAAUUGCGUCACAGUCUUGAUAUGGAGAAGGAGAGGCAAACACAGAGAGAACUUCAGCGUGAAUUAGAGCAAGCAGAAUCAGGACUUCGACCAUCUCGGCGUGAUUUUCCUUCCUCCACUCACAGUAGUCGAUCUCGGGAGAGAUUUCGUGAAAGAGAAAAUGGAAGAUCUGGUAAUGAAGGGAGCACUAGAGCCGGUAGUGGAAGCUUACAGCCUGAAAUCCCUUCUGCCAGUUCUUCAAUAGCAGCCUCACCAACUAUAGUUCUUUCUGGUUCCCGGACAUUUUCAGGCCAGCUUCCUACUAUCUUGCAGUCACGUGACCGACAGGAUGAUAGUGGCAGCAUAUAUGAAGAAAAUGUUGAUGGAAGCAAGGAUUCUGGGGAUACUAGCAGCAUUGGAGAUCCAGAAUUGGUGUCAGCAUUAGAUGGCCAGUCCAGUGGAUUCGGGUCGCAAAGGCAUGGUUCAAGGGGGAGCAAGUCAAGGCAACUUGGAGAGCGUAGAGACAGAGAAAACAGACGUGAAGGGAAGUGGGAAAGGAAACAUUCUUAGCUAGUGAGCUGAGAUCUUUGUGCACUAAUUAGGUCAUCUUCAUGUGUAUAUAAUAUAUAUCUUCAAGAACAGUACCCGUAUUGCCCCAACAAAACAAAACCUUUGGGAAGGAUAUUUGCAUGUCCUUGAGUUUGGAAAAUCCCAUACAAAGUCAUGGGGAGCAUGUCUCUUUGGGUGUGCUACUGGUUGAACAAUGUUGUAGAUUCUUAUGGAUGGCUGAACUAGAUGCUGGUUCAUAGUUUGGGCAACUGUAUCAGCUUCUGUACAAUAGCGUGGAUGGUUGUCAAGUAAAUUCUUCCUAUGGCUGUAUAAAAGAUUAAAAAGACAACCUUCAGCUAUAAUUGAUGUAAUUUCAUUUUCUCUAAAUCAUUAUAUCUUUUCCUUUAACCAGUGUAAUCUAUUGAAAAUUGAUUCAGUGAUUGUAAAAAUGUUUGCCGUAUCACCAAAUUUUUAU